AUGUCUUUGGAUAAUACACAUAAAAAUACUUUAGAAGCUUCAGAAAUAUCUAAUGAUAAUAACGAAACUGGAAACAAGGAAACUGUUACUUUUACUUUAGAUGAAGAAUACUUAAAAAAAAUCAUUAAUGAACUAUAUGUAGAAGAUACAA